GGCUGAAACGAGCCGGGGCGCGAUGACGUCAUGCCCGACGCCCCCUGCCGGCCGCCGAGUGAACAUAACCCGAGAGAGAAGUUCAGCGGUGAAGAUGGCGGAGAGCGAGCUGAACGUGGACAGUCUCAUCUCUCGGCUUCUGGAGGUGCGAGGAUGCCGUCCGGGGAAGAUUGUGCAGAUGACCGAGGCGGAGGUGAGAGGCCUGUGCAUCAAGUCCAGAGAAAUCUUCCUCAGCCAGCCGAUCCUGCUGGAGCUGGAGGCUCCACUCAAAAUAUGUGGUGAUAUCCAUGGUCAGUACACAGACCUGUUGAGGUUGUUUGAGUACGGUGGUUUUCCUCCGGAGGCGAACUAUCUCUUCCUGGGAGAUUACGUGGAUCGAGGGAAGCAGUCUCUGGAGACCAUCUGUCUGCUGCUGGCCUACAAGAUCAAAUACCCAGAAAACUUCUUUCUGCUGCGUGGCAACCACGAGUGCGCCUCCAUCAACCGCAUCUACGGCUUCUACGACGAGUGUAAGCGCAGGUUCAACAUAAAACUGUGGAAAACCUUCACAGACUGCUUCAACUGUCUCCCCAUCGCUGCCAUCAUCGAUGAGAAGAUCUUCUGCUGCCAUGGAGGUCUUUCCCCUGACCUGCAGUCCAUGGAACAGAUCCGACGGAUCAUGAGGCCCACUGAUGUUCCCGACACAGGUUUGCUAUGUGAUUUAUUGUGGUCAGACCCUGAUAAGGAUGUCCAGGGCUGGGGGGAGAAUGACCGAGGUGUGUCUUUCACCUUUGGGGCUGAUGUGGUCAGCAAGUUCCUCAACCGCCAUGAUCUGGACCUCAUCUGCAGAGCUCAUCAGGUGGUGGAAGAUGGUUAUGAAUUCUUUGCGAAGAGACAGCUGGUCACCCUGUUUUCAGCACCAAACUACUGCGGAGAGUUUGACAAUGCCGGGGGCAUGAUGAGCGUGGAUGAGUCCCUCAUGUGUUCCUUUCAGAUCCUAAAGCCUUCAGAGAAGAAGGCCAAGUACCAGUACAGUGGGGUGAACUCGGCCCGUCCCGUCACUCCCCCCCGCACCACACAGGCCCCGAAGAAGAGGUGAGCAGCCUGUCCAUCCACCAGCUAAAACACUCCUCAACCAACGCAUCCCAUUCUCUACAAGACCCCAGGAAACAACACCCCUCUCUGGAGGGGGGGCUAUGUGUCCCUCAGUCUCCCCUUCUCUUCUCCUUACUCUUUUCUUAAUAUGCUUGUACAUAAAUUUUGCUGUGACCAGUUGAGAAUCUCUUUCUUUCUCUCUGUCUGUUUUUAAUAAUAACAACAACAAUAUGGAUUAUUAUGUUGAUAAUAAUGAAGGUAGGAUUUUGAGUGUGUUGGCGCUCUCUCGCGCUCUCUCUCUCUCUCUCUCUCUCUCUCUCUCUCUCUCUCUCUCUCUCUCUCUCUCUCUCUCUCUCUCUCUCUCUCUCUCUCUCUCUCUCUCUCUCUCUCUCUCUCUCUCUCUCUCUCUCUCGCAUGGUCAAUUACCGCUGUUAAUCAUUUGAACAUGAUUCACUGUACUUAGUAAAAACAGGCUGUCAAACAAAUUCAGCAAUUAUGUGUUUAAUCACACUUUUUUUUGUAAUUAUUUAAUUUGCCCAAAUUUUGUUCAAAAUAAUCAAUUUAUUCUGUUAUACAUGUAUCAGUGGGCAGAAUAUAUUUCGUAUUUUUGUCAGCUGAACAUCAAACUCACGUAAAUGUGAGCCUGUGAACCUGAAAAGCUUAGUUUUCAUACCUGACGUCUACAUAACUCCUCUGCAAUUGGUGGUUUCUGCUCUAAGACGUCUGUCAUGUCUUGUUUCAGAGGUGACGGUAGCUUUCCAUUUGUUAGUUCACUGCUUGUCGUAACUUCUGUUAUGCUUGUUUUGAGUCUGGUUUCUAUUUGCGAAGUGCAGGGAAACGUGUUGAAAUGAUGGUGCUAAUUGACUACGCCGCUCGUUUGUAACAGUAGAAACUUGCUGGAAUAUUCCUUAAAGAAGGUUUGGUUUGGUGGGUUUUUAAUGUGUUUGCCUUUAUUAGUCCUAAAGCAGUAGGAAUCUCAGAGUAAACAGUUUUGUUUACCCCCCCCCCCCCUUUACUCACAUGACUCUAACACUCACCGACUCUCACAUGCACGCCGACGUACCGCUCUUACAUGUGUGCACACUGCUCUAGAGUAUGAUGUAAUGCAGACUCAUUAUAAGACUAGACUGGGGUACAUUGUUAUACAUCCUCCAGUGCCAGCAGUGACUCGGAGAGAGGCGAAGGCUUGAAGGAAAGAAAGAUAAUAAAAAAAAAAAAUUCUGUCCACGUGUGAGAAGCUGUUUAACCCUGCAUCGUUACGUAAUUCCAUAUUCCAAUUGGAUAUAGGACUCCUCUGAAAGUGAGAGCACAUUUACUGCUGGUCCAAUUCUCUAAAACGUCUGCUGGACAACACAUCAAAACCUUCUCUGAAUAUAAAAGCUGAAUGCAGACGGCAGAGCCAGUAAAAUGGAAGCAGAAGGGAUUUGAAAACGAUGCAGUCUUCAACACUAACACGUUUUCAGCUUAUUUGCACACAAUGUAUUGCUCAGUAUUUAAAUAGGGUUCAGUAUUUGAUUCUAAAAGCACUGUAAUCAGACGCUUAUCUCCGUCUAACUUCUCCAGCUGUCAGAAGGACAAGUGGUGGUUUUCUUUGGACUUGAGUGGUCAGUAACCACUCAGAUUUUUUGAAUGUAUUACGUUUGUGAAGUGAUGGAGUUGGUGUUUUAUUGUGUAUUACGAAACUGCAGCCUGCAGAGCUCAAGAACUCCUUAUGAGCAGGAAACAUCCUCUCUCUCUAUUCCCUCGUCUCUCUUUCUAGCAAUCUGUCUGACUCUCUAUGUCCAGAGGUUUGUAGGCACCCUCGUAUCCUACGUUUCUUUAGAAAUGAAAGGUAUUUAUAGAGAGUUCUUCCCCCUUUGCUGCAGUAACAGCUUCUACUCUUCUGGCUGGGCUUUACCCUAGAUGUUGGAACACUGCUGUGAGGGCUUGAUUGCAUUCAGCUUAGUAAAGUCUGGUACUGAUGUUGGAUGGUCAGUUCUGGAUCUCUCCAGCUCAUCACAAAGGUACUGGAUGGAGCUUGGCUGCACAGCCCAGCUGGGGGGCUUUAUACCCCUCUAGCAGACACUUGGCAUUGGGCUUAGAGACCUUUGCAUCCCAUUCUGUUGACACUGCUUUACAAUGGAGAUUAUACUAGCUAUGUGAGUGCAGUCGAACACCUGUGUUAGUAAAAGUGGGCUGAAAUCACUAAUUAGCAGGGCUGUCUAGAUACUUUUGGACAUGUAACCUGUCUGUCUUUCUAUCUUAGCUUCUUUUUACCCCUUUUUUCUCCUCUCCCUCUCUUCUUGUACCUCUCUCUCUUUUCUUGUCUCUAUCCAUCUCUCCCUCUCUUUCCUCUCCCCCUUUAUCUUUAUCUCCUCCUUUUCUCUUUCUCGUAUUAUCUUCAGUUUUUUUUCCUUUCUCUUCACUCCCCUUCUUCUGUUUUGCCUUCCACUUUUUUCUCUCUUGUCUUCCUCAUCUAUUUCUCUCUGCCUGCCUUUUUUCUUUCCUCUCUUUCCUUUUCUGUUUCCUCUCUUUGUACCAUCAACAACAUAUUUUGCUCUCAGUAUAACAGAUGAAUUAACUGACUGUGGGUGACAUCUGUGGUGAUGACGCCCCCUGGUGUACACAGUGUGUCCUCACAUAAACAAAGGCUGUUUCCAUCAAUUCAACGUCAGGAUGCCAUUAUUGCUCCCAUUUCUCAGUCCCACUGACCAGAGGAGUGGUCAGUGCUGAUCAGCGGUACAGAACAGGCAGUUCCACAUGAGUUAAAGCUCAGUCACACCUGUGGGAAAUACUGGAGAAUCUUUCUGUGCGUGAACAUUGUUGCCUCAUUAAUAUUUGUUGUAAUUAUUUUUUGUUGUUGUUUUUAAUGUGCGGUUUUGUUUUUUUCUCCUUAAUUUAUAUUCGAAUGUUGGGAAGCUGAAAGUAUUACAAAAAGCAGCUUUGAGAUUUCUAUAAGUGGAUUUCAGAUUCUUUGAACUCAAUAAAUGGAAGAAAACAAAGUC